CGCUGGAGCCCUGACGCACGGAGCUCGAGAGCGAGAACGGGAGAGAAAGGGGCAGAAAUGGCGGCUCCGCUCGGCUCCCGCUGAGUAGGUCGAAGCCGGCGGAGGGUCUGAGCUCUCGGCCUGGAGCAUCGCUCCCGUCUCCCGCUACCUGCCUUCGCACGCCGACUUCCCUUCCUCUGCCCUACCCUCGCCUGUCCUCGUCUGCGCUGCGCAGAGUCCGGGUCGUCUUGUCUUUCCCGGCCCGGCUCCACUAGCCCUGACUGCCCGGCCGGCGGGCCGGCCUUCCUCGGCUCUCCCCGGCGCGGCAGGCGCCGCGAGCGCGGCGUGGACCCCGUCCUCCUGGCUGGACCAUGGUGAACACCCGGAAGAGCUCUCUGCGCCUUCUCGGAUCUAAGUCGCCUGGGCCCGGGCCUGGGCCUGGGGCCGGAGUAGAGCCUGGGGCGACCGGCGGCAGCAGCCAUUUCAUCUCCUCUCGGACCCGCUCCUCCAAGACCCGCGCUGCCAGCUGCCCCGCCGCCAAGGCCGGGGGAAGCGGCGGCGCCGGCGUCGCUCUGGAUGAGGCCCGGAAAGCUGAAGUUGAUGGUAGUUUAAGUGAUAGCCAUGUGUCUCCUCCAGCUAAACGCACUUUGAAACAACCUGAUUCUGUUUGCAAAGACAAAUCAAAAUCACGAAGUACUGGUCAGCGAGAGGAAUGGAACAUAUCAACUGGACAGGCCAGGUUAACUUCUCAGCCUGGUGCUACAUUACCAAACGGACAUAGUAGCUUAUCCCUUCGAAGCCAUCCCCUUCGAGGCGAAAAGAAGGGAGAUGGGGACCUUUCUUGUAUAAAUGGUGACAUGGAAGUCAGAAAAAGUUGUCGUUCCAGGAAAAACAGAUUUGAAAGCGUGAACCAGAGUUUGUUAUUUGAUCAACUAGUAAAUAGUACUGCUGAAGCUGUACUACAGGAAAUGGACAACAUAAACAUUAGAAGGAAUCGUCGAUCAGGAGAAGUAGAACGGCUUCGAAUGUGGACAGAUACAGAAUUUGAAAACAUGGAUAUGUAUUCAAGAGUGAAAAGGCGAAGAAAGUCACUGAGAAGAAAUAGUUACGGGAUACAAAAUCAUCAUGAAGUCUCUACUGAGGGUGAAGAAGAAGAAUCUCAAGAGGAAGAUGGAGAUAUUGAGGUUGAAGAGGCAGAAGGAGAAGAAAACGACAGGCCAUAUAAUUUGAGACAAAGAAAAACAGUGGAUCGAUACCAAGCACCUCCAAUAGUACCAGCUCAUCAAAAAAAGAGGGAAAAUACGCUGUUUGAUAUUCACAGAUCUCCAGCAAGAAGAAGUCAUAUCAGGAGAAAGAAGCAUGCCAUUCAUAGUAGUGACACAACUUCUUCUGAUGAAGAACGCUUUGAAAGAAGGAAAUCAAAGAGCAUGGCAAGAGCAAGAAAUAGAUGUUUGCCUAUGAACUUAAGAGCAGAAGAUUUAGCUAGUGGUAUUCUCCGAGAACGUGUCAAAGUGGGUGCAAGCUUGGCUGAUGUUGAUCCAAUGAACAUUGAUAAAUCAGUGCGGUUUGAUAGCAUAGGUGGAUUGAGCCAUCAUAUUCAUGCACUAAAGGAAAUGGUAGUAUUUCCACUUUUAUAUCCAGAAAUUUUUGAAAAAUUUAAAAUUCAGCCUCCAAGGGGCUGUUUGUUUUAUGGCCCUCCUGGCACAGGUAAAACCUUGGUUGCCAGAGCGUUAGCUAAUGAGUGCAGUCAAGGAGACAAAAAGGUGGCUUUUUUUAUGCGAAAAGGAGCAGACUGUCUAAGUAAGUGGGUUGGCGAAUCUGAGCGGCAACUUAGGCUUCUUUUUGAUCAGGCAUAUUUGAUGAGACCUUCUAUAAUAUUUUUUGACGAAAUAGAUGGAUUAGCUCCAGUUCGCUCUAGCAGGCAAGAUCAGAUCCACAGCUCUAUAGUGUCAACCCUCCUUGCUCUUAUGGAUGGAUUAGACAAUAGGGGCGAAAUUGUUGUUAUUGGUGCUACAAAUAGACUUGAUUCUAUAGAUCCUGCUCUCAGGAGACCUGGUCGUUUUGACAGAGAAUUUCUUUUCAACCUUCCUGAUCAAAAGGCAAGAAAACACAUUUUACAGAUCCAUACCAGGGACUGGAAUCCAAAAUUGUCAGAUGCUUUUUUAGGUGAAUUGGCUGAAAAAUGUGUUGGCUAUUGCGGAGCUGAUAUCAAGGCCCUGUGCACUGAAGCUGCCCUGAUUGCCCUGCGGAGGCGUUACCCCCAGAUCUAUGCUAGCAGUCAUAAACUGCAGCUAGAUGUUUCCUCAAUAGUGCUCAACGCCCAAGAUUUUUACCACGCAAUGCAGAAUAUUGUGCCUGCUUCCCAGCGUGCUGUCAUGUCUUCGGGACAUGCACUAUCCCCCAUCAUAAGACCGCUGCUGGAAAGAAGCUUCAACAACAUCCUAGCAGUCUUGCAAAAAGUGUUUCCUCAUGCUGAAAUUAGCCAGAGUGACAAGAAAGAAGAUAUAGAAACUCUGAUUUUAGAUGAUAGUGAAGAUGAGAAUGCUUUAUCAAUUUUCGAGACCAAUUGUCACUCAGGAUCACCAAAGAAACAGUCAUCAGCUGCUGCUGUACAUAAACCUUACCUUCAUUUUACAAUGUCACCAUAUCAUCAGCCAACCUCUUACAGGCCAAGACUAUUGCUGUCUGGAGAACGAGGCUCAGGUCAAACUUCUCACCUUGCUCCAGCACUUUUGCACACUCUAGAAAAGUUCUCUGUGCACAGACUAGAUCUCCCAGCACUUUAUUCAGUUAGUGCCAAAACACCUGAAGAAUCAUGUGCACAGAUUUUUCGUGAAGCUCGAAGAACAGUACCUAGUAUUGUUUACAUGCCUCACAUUGGUGAUUGGUGGGAAGCUGUCAGUGAAACUGUGAGAGCAACUUUUCUGACUUUGCUACAAGAUAUACCGUCAUUUUCACCCAUAUUUUUAUUGUCUACCUCUGAAACCAUGUACAGUGAACUGCCUGAAGAGGUUAAAUGUAUCUUUAGAAUACAGUACGAAGAGGUCUUGUAUAUUCAAAGGCCUAUUGAAGAGGACAGAAGAAAGUUUUUCCAAGAACUGAUUCUCAAUCAGGCCUCAAUGGCUCCACCACGAAGGAAACACACUGGUCUUUGUGCUAUGGAAGUUCUUCCACUUGCACUACCUUCUCCACCUCGUCAAUUAUCAGAAUCAGAAAAAAUUCGGAUGGAGGACCAGGAGGAAAAUACUUUAAGAGAGUUGCGGUUGUUUCUCAGGGAUGUAACCAAGAGGCUGGCCACAGAUAAACGCUUUAACAUCUUCAGCAAACCGGUGGAUAUUGAAGAGGUUUCAGAUUAUCUUGAAGUAAUCAAGGAACCAAUGGAUUUAUCAACAGUAAUCACUAAGAUUGAUAAGCAUAAUUACCUGACUGCUAAGGAUUUCCUGAAAGAUAUUGACCUCAUCUGUAGCAAUGCUUUAGAGUACAAUCCAGAUAAGGACCCAGGAGAUAAAAUAAUUAGGCACAGGGCUUGUACCCUGAAGGACACUGCGCAUGCCAUCAUUGCAGCUGAAUUGGAUCCAGAAUUCAAUAAACUCUGUGAAGAAAUUAAGGAAGCAAGAAUAAAAAGAGGCUUAUCGGUAACAGCAGAACAAAUAAAUCCUCAUGGUACUGGAGCUCGAAAGGCGGAAACUAGAGUUGAAGAGGCAUUUCGGCACAAACAAAGAAAUCCAAUGGAUAUCUGGCACAGCUCUGCAAAUAAAUGUGCAUUUCGAGUUCGGAGAAAAUCAAGGCGGCGAUCACAGUGGGGUAAAGGAAUUAUUAAGAAAAGGAAAGUCAAUAAUUUAAAAAAAGAUGAAGAGGACACCAAAUUUGCUGACUAUGAGAACCAUAUGGAGGACAGGAAAUUGCUAGAAAAUGGAGAGUUUGAGGUAAGCACUGACUGCCAUGAAGAAAAUGGAGAGGAGACUGGAGACUUAUCUAUGACCAAUGAUGAAUCAUCGUGUGACAUCAUGGACAUGGACCAGGGGCAGAGGCUUAACAACGGAGCGGGCACAAAAGAGAACUUUGCAUCUACUGAAGAGGAAAGUUCAAAUGAGUCUCUACUCGUCAACAGCAGCAGUUCUCUAAAUCCAGAACAGACAUCUAGGAAAGAGUCUUUCCUUAAAGGAAGCUGUCUAAACGGUGAGGUCUCCACUGACAGUUUUGAAGGAAUACCACUUCUGGAGUGUCAGAAUGGCAAAGCUGAAGUAGUUUCUUUCUGUGGUAGUGGAGACAAAUGUAGUUCUGAACAAAAGAAUCUUCUGGAGGACCAGUCAAAAGAAAAACCAGAAACUUCAAAUGGAAAUCAUGGAGAUGAUCCUGAGAAACUAGAGGCAGUGGAAUGUAGCAAUAAUGAGAAGUUCGAACCUGGCCCUGAUGUGGAGGUUAAAGAUGCAGAACUGGAUAAAGAAGGUGCUUCUAAAGUAAAGAAAUAUCGUAAGUUAAUUUUAGAGCAGGCAAAAACAACAAGCCUGGAACUGGUUCCAGAAGAGCCAUCUGAGCCUGUGCCACCUCUUAUAGUUGAUCAUGAGAGAUUGAAGAAAUUGCUUGAUUUGUUGGUAGAUAAAAGCAACAAUCUGGCAGUUGAUCAACUUGAGAGAUUAUAUUCUCUUCUUAGUCAGUGCAUCUACCGUCACCGUAAAGAUUAUGACAAAUCACAACUUACAGAGGAGAUGGAAAGAACAGUUCAUAUGUUUGAGACAUUCCUAUGAACCUUUCAAGAAGAGUGGUUUAUCCUCUCCAAUCUGCUCCUGCCAGAGCAGUCUUCUGAGCCAUUCAAUUUCAAAUCGCACCAAUUAUGUGCAGAGCCUUGGUGUAAAGUGCUCUCUCACUCAUUCUUUCUCUCUGUUGAAUUUGGUGCUAUUGUCUCAGGUACCUGAAACCAACCAGCCUACAAGAACCAAACAGAACUUCAGAAACAUGUUGUAUUUUCCACAAAUAAAAAAUACAACCCCACAGAUUGGAGAUUUUGGUGCUACAGAAACUGCUCUCACUUCUGCUCCUCUUUUUGUGCACUCUCUUUUGGAGACCUCUCUUAGGGAGCAGACCAGCAAACACGAGGAAACUGGAUGGGGCAGUUCUAAGUGUGUUGAAUUGUUUAAACAGUGGGCAACCUGUACCCCCCCCCCGCCCCCCUUUUAUCAUAUUUGUUUUUAUUUUUUCUUCUGGGUAACGGACUGAAGCCUGUUUUAAAGUUGGCUAUGGUAUAUUCUGGUGGGAAACUGAAGAAACUGGAUAAAAUUAGAUUAGGCUCUUUAGAACUGCCUUUAAUGUGCCUUUUUAUUUGAGAAAGAUAAGGCUAAACACAAGGAUGGGCUUACUUGUAGCAGAUGAAUUAGAAUGUUUUCUUUGGUCACAACCCUGAAAAUAAGUUUUGAUACUCUGUAUCAUUAAGAGGCAACCAGUGUUUUGGUAUAAAAUGCCUAUCUUGUUUUCAAAACUCGAUCAAGACAGUGGUUAAGCCACAUAAUAUACUAAAAUGGUAAGUUUUCCUGUAUGGUCCGUUUCUGUUUAAGAAACAUAUAAUAAAACAACAACAACAAAAAAUUCACAGGCCAUCAAAAAACACACCCUUUUUGGUAUGGAUGACAAUGAUGGUCAGAAAAUAGAGUGACAUUCUGUUUUCUUCUGUCAAUGGCAGUUUAAUAGUUAUUCAUGUUUGAGUUCCCCGAGAAGAAUGAUUUUCAUGUAUACUAAAUUGUUACAGUUUUGGUUUAAAGCCAGGACUUGCCAAAUGGACAGAAAAGAGAGGAAUUUGUCAGAAGCUCCAUAAAAUUCAUUUUCUAUAUGCAUAGUUGCAAGUGAGCUCUGGUAUGGUCCUUGAAUAACAGUAUUAAUGUUUAAAUCCCUUAUCAUAAGCUUACCUUCACAACUAUUCAUUUUGAUUGGAACCCGUUUUGGAUCUUGUUAAGCGAUUUCUGUGACUUGUACUUAUCUAAAAUUAAUUAUGGGUUACUAGUUUUACACAAACUUUCUACAAAUUCCGAGACACAGUCUAGGCAGUUGCAAAGAGACAAAGGGAGUGCAGUGACAUUUUUUAUCAGAUGAUUUUUAAACAAAAAAGUAGAAAAUUUUGACAAGUUUUCUUGGUAUCUUCAUUCAUUAUAGCUGUUAGCUGCAGGUGUGUCUUUACAAUAUAUGCAACACAUGUAGUUUGGGUUUUAAUUAGAGCAAACGGUCUUGGACUACUGCAGAGAUACUGAGCUACCUCAGCUUUUUGUAUUUUAGUUACCAACAGUGUCUACAGAGUUCUGUAUUCACUUUGCCACCGUUUACAUGCUGAAGCUAAGGUACUUGUCUCCUCGUCUCUGGCUUUGUAGGGUGCUGGACGCCAGCGCAGAAAGCACACUUUGGCCAAGGCUACUGCAGUAAUCUGAAGUGCUUCUUUGCAUUUACAUUAACAUUUUAUGCCUUCUAAUUCUAGUUUAAUUUUUAAAUAAUGCCACUUGUUUUCUUUAUACCUAGGAAGUUUUCAUAAUAUUCAGUUAGUCAUAUAUAAUUCAAGAUACUACCCAUGUAGACACACUGUAUUUUAAGGUGGGCAAGUGCGAUUAACGAUGAACCAAUUUUAAAGGGGAGGUUAUUUGAAACCUCUAAUUUGAUUAUUGGGAGGAUUUUCAUGCUUACUUUAGUAUUUAUUACCAUCAUACCAGUUCAAGCUAUUUUACAGUCUAAUACAUUAGCAUUUUGUAUUUUGAUGGAAAUUGUUACAGAAUUUAAAGAUUUGAUGAAAUAAGAUGUAGCAGAUUUUUUGUAGCAAGUUUCUGGUAAAAGGGUUUUUUGCAAGUCUCAGGUUCUUGCUGCACUAUUUUUCUUUAAAUAUUUAUUCCAGUUACUCUAAUUCAGAAGCAUUCUGUUCAAGUAACAGCAGCACUUGUGAAUGGAAAAAAAAUGCAUAUGUUCUUAGUAGUUUACUAAAUUUGUACAAGUUAAUUAAGAUCUUAGCCAUCAGUGAGUUUGACAAGGGAAAUUUAUUUCUGUUUAGCAUUAAAAUGCUUCCAAAAGAUCAAGUUUUUUAAUUUUAACCUUGAUAUAGAUGGAGAAAUAGGAGGCAACCUCAGUAUGAUAGGAACUGCCACUUUGAACAGUUUAGGUCUUAAAGAGAAAGCCAAUCUAAUGCCAAGGGGAGAAAAAUGAGGUGAAAUUGUACCAACUCCUCUGGCCCCUUUCCCCCCACAUACUAUACCAGUUUUUCUUAUUUUACAGAUAUCUGGUGGUUCUAUAGUUUAAAGCAGCUUGUGAAAUUAUCCAAGUGGACUCAAUUUUGUUUACCUUUCUGUAAGUUCUUAAUUUUUACCUUAUAGCAUUGGCAAAAAUAUGUACAAAUUGACCUCUGUUCUUAUUUCCUAUUGUGAGCAUUAUAAAUGAUAAGCUCCUGUGUAAAACCUUGCUCUCAGAUCACUAAAAUAUGUAUCACGGCACAGCCCAACAAUAGUUAAUGCUCAGCUGUGGGGACCAUAGGAGCCUUUCGAAGAUGAUGGAACCGCACUAGGGUUGAAACUGAUGGCUGUGGAAUUGUGUUUUUGAGCUUGAAUCUCACCUGUGAUUAAUUUUUUUUUGUUUGUUUUAUGUCCUUUCGUGACUUGAUUUUUCUCAUAUGCCAAUGUAUUUGUAGGUUUACUGGAUUUUAUUUUUAGGGAGUGGGGUGGUAAUAUCUUCCCAUUUUUUGAUUAAGUUGGUUCAGCUAUGGUGCUAUUCGGUAGGUAUCUUCAGUGUCAGGUCCCGUAGCUGAAUGCCAUUGUUAUUAUAAUUAUUAUUUGUAAUCACAUUGUAAGCUUGAAUUUGGACUUGUACCUACAUCUUUUGUAUUUUGUACAUUUGGUUAUUUAGACUUUGGGAGUCCUCUUUGGUUUCAGUCAUGUAUGUCUACUUUGCAGAUUAAGUAGACUUCAUCAACUAUGGUCUGUUUUGGGUUUGUAGUUUAAUUUAGAAUUGUGUUAAGUUGAUAUUUUGCAUCUGACUUCAUUUUACAUUAGUUUGAAAUAAAUUAUUUAAUUUUUGAAUUCUGGAAUUUUGAACAUUUACUGUAAUUUGUAAUAUAACUGCUGUGAAAUACUUGAAUAAAGAUGACAAGAAAAACAUGUCUUUCUUUAGCUUAAUUAUGAUUACUGUUGGCUGCAAAUGCAAUGCUGCUUUUCUAGCUGAACUCAUUUUGUAGCUAGGGCGUAUUGAUGUUUAUUAAGCACGCCAAAAAUCUUGUUAUAUGAUUCUUUUAGAUUUUAGUAGCCCUCAGUAUUUUUUAUCUAAAAGUUUUUCUGUUGAGAAAGUGUGGUUUUAACUUCAGUUGAAGAUUGUCUAAAAGUCGUUGUAUAGAAGCAAAUGGAUUACUUCUGAAAUUUGUUUUUCUAAUUGGAAGACUAUGCUACAAUAUAUGAUCAGGUAGUAUGGUUCACUUAUUCUAUACUGUUUUCUCUUUGAUCAGGUAGUUAUCAGUGUAUUUUGAACAAUACAUAGAAUUUAAAUGUAGAGAGAGAUUUCAUACCAGAAUUUUGAGGGGCUUGUUGCUUUAAGCAAAUAGAAUGUUCUUGG